ACUGAACACCCACUCCUGUACCUACCUAACACAAAAACUUUAUCUCGCCACUACAUACCAACCCCCAAUAUACAUUAUCAAUACAACAACCAUGUCUGAAGCAGCCAAGCCCGACCCCGCCGCCGACCAGGCCGCCAACCCAGGCCCAACUCUUGUCAAGGACGAGACUGCAAAGGUGACGACUGACAAGGCUGCCGACAAGGGCGAGGCAACGACGGAGAGCACAGACAACAAGCCUCUCACGGAGAAGGCGACAGAGGCGGCGGCUGCAGUAAAGGACAACGUUUUCUCCAUGUUUGGUGGCGGACCCGCAAAGGCGAAGAAGGAAGAGGCCGAUGACGUUGACGAGCCGUCAGGCUCUUCCAAGAACAAGGGCGAUGACGAGAACCCAGAGAACGAGGAGCCUGAUGUUGAGUUCCAGCCCGUCGUCCACCUUACCGAGAAGGUUGAUACCAAGACCAACGAGGAGCUUGAGGAGCAAGUGUUCAAGAUGCGCGCCAAGCUGUUCAAGUUUGACAGGGAGUCACGGGAGUGGAAGGAGCGAGGCACUGGCGAUGUUCGGUUACUGAAGCACAAGGAGAACGGCAAGACGCGCCUUGUCAUGCGACGAGACAAGACCCUCAAGGUUUGCGCCAAUCACUACGUUGUCCCCGACAUGAAGCUGUCACCCAACGUAGGCAGCGACCGCAGCUGGGUCUGGAACGCCGCAGCCGAUGUCAGUGAGGGCGAGCCUGAGGCGCAGACACUUGCGAUCCGUUUUGCAAACAGUGAGAACGCCAACCAGUUCAAGGAGGCCUUCAUCAAGGCCCAGCAAGAGAACGAGGCGCUCUUCGGCAAGCCGGAGUAAGAGGGGUCACGAUAAGGUCGAGGAAAAGGUAACGAGGGUUUAUGGAUGAUGGACGAGCAUGAGCAUGCAUUGCACGAAUAGCGAGGAACGGUUUGGGAUGAUAGUAUAUCCUGGCGGUAGUAGAUGUGCCUCAUUAACAGCACAACAAUUAGAUAGUAACUCAGUGGCCUGGCUAAUAAAGUCAAUGGCAUUUCCCCCAAGUCGGC